AUGAGGAAAUUAUGUAAACCACUCAAGGCACCCUCAUUAUCUCCACCGUCUCAUCAAGUAUCAACAUACUUAGAUAAACAAUAAAGGCCAUAUGAAUAAUUAUAUCUGUCUUUCCCUCAUUCCAGAUCUCAGUUUGAUGAGGCUAGAUCGAGGGGCAAUUUCUCAUCUUAUUAUGAAUAAGUAAGCGAAUAAACAUAAAUUUCAAAUCCAUUUUAAUCUAAUAAAUGGAAUCUUAGAAGCGAUAGUGAAAAACAUAAAAAAUAAAUUGAAAUAUUGAAUGAUCAAAUUGUUAAACUCUAAAAAGACUUAUAAAUUUAUAAGAAUUAAUAAGUAGAUAAAUUUGAUAGAGAUCAUCAAAAUUUAAACGCAGUAAUGCAAGGAUAUCAAAAGAAAGCAAAAGAAAGAAAAGCCAUAAUGAAAAAGUUAUACGCUAUUCUGAGGACAAAAGAAUAAGAAAUUGAUGAACUAAGUUAAUCUUUUUAAUGCUAGAUAGAUGACAUGAAUAAUAAAAUGAUCUAAUUCCAGGAAUAGUGCAAUUGUCAAUUAUUUUAGCAAGAAGAUAAAAUAUAAUAAUUAGAGUAGAUAAUAAAUACAUUAUAAAAUUUGAAAUAAUCGAAGUUAUAAGAAUUAGAAAUCAAAGAGCAGAAGAUGAAAGAUAUUUUGUAAAAAUUACUUAAGAAACACGAAUCUAAAGAAAAAAUAGAUGAAGUUUAGAAUAUUUUAGCCUUCAUUGUCAAAGAAAAAUAAAAAUAUCAGCUCAAAUCACCAGAUUAUUCUUAAUAAUAAAAUAACAUAUCCAAAGAAUACUAAAUAAUAAUAACUCAAUACGAAUCUGUUAUGAUGUAAAUUAAUAGGUUCAAUUAACUAAUUAGUGAAUAAUUUAGACCUGAAUAUACAUCUGAAGAUUCUAUUUAUCAACUGUCUUAGAAUAUUAAAGAGAUGUUAAAAUAGAAUUGCAGCUUAUUUUAAGAAGUAAAAGAUUAAAAAGAAUAGCAAACUAAAUCAAUCAAGAAAUUAGAAAAAUAUAAAAAGUAAAUUGAUUAAAAAAAUGACCAGAUUGAAUCCUUAAAAAUGGAUAUAAAGAAUGCACAAAUAUAAAAUUUGGAAACUGUAAACUCUUUGAAUGAGCGCAUCAAGAAGUAAUAGUAAUAAAUAGAAAUUCUAUAAUAACAAAAUAUUGAAUUGAAUAAAAUAUUAGUGUAAAACGAAUAGAUUCUUGCUGAUCAGCAGGAGAAAGAACAUCAAUUACUUUAGGAAAUCUAAAUUAUAUAACGCGAAAAAACUAAAUCUUUACAAUAGGAUGAAAAUGACUCGAUCAAAUAUAAGAACAAAAUUAAUGAUUUACACUAACAAAUAGAUGAUUUAAAUGCAUAAUUAGAUAAUAUGUAUAACGAAUCGGCUUAAUUAUAAUCAUAAAUUGAUGAAUAAGAAAUAGAGCAUAAAAAAACUCAAAUCCAAUAAAAAAAUACAAUUUCAAAAUUAUAAUUAGAAGUUAAGAAGUACUAAUAAUUAAUAGAAGACAAUAAAUUACAUUUUAAUCAAUAAAUCAAAUAAUAAUAAUAACAACAUAAAUAAAGGUAGUAAGAAUUGAUUAAUAACUAAAAUUAAAUUUAAAAAUAAUUGAAUGAAUAUUUAUAAAUCAUAGAAAACCUAAAAAAUAAAGAUAAUUUAAAUUCAAUUUUAGAAAAUCUAAUAGAGAAUUUAAAUCUUAUUAUCAAACAGAAGCUUUUACAAAAUCUAAAAUCCAGUUUUACUUCAGGAUCAAGUCCAAUUAGAGGAAUAACUAAAACUUAAUCUCCAACGAGGCAGAUAUUAUAUCAUUAUCACAAUUAAAUUGAUAUUCAAAGGAUUCACACCACUUUAGAUAACGUAUCAGAGUAAUUUUAAAAUAAACUCAAUUUAUUAAUUAAAAAAGAUGAAAAAAAUUAAGAGUUAAUACAACACUAUUGUCAACAGAUAGAAGAAUCCUAAUAAACUAUUCAAGAGUUAUGUGACGACAAUGAUUAGCAAAAAUAAUUUAUAACCUAAAUGUGUAAACAUCUAAAUAUUGAAAAAAUAGAGGAUUUAUAAGAGCGCAAGUCAUCCUCAAGGGAAGACUAAUUAUAUAUAGAAACUCUAAAUAUAAAUAAUACAUAAAUAUAACAUCUAAUAAGCUAUAAUUAAUAACUUUAAUAGGAAAUUCAGUAAUAAAAACUUAUCAUUAAAGAUUAUGAAAUCUAAAUUGAUCACUAAAUAAAUUAAAUUAAACAAUUAAGUCAAGAAAAAGAAGACCUAAGUAAACAUGUUUCCCCUACUUAAUCUAGUAGAAAAGAGUCUAAUAUAAAAGUUUUGUAGAAUGAAGAAAUUUAUUGCUAAGAUCAAUUAGUCUAAACACAUAAAGACAAAAUUUCUAUCUUGAAUAUGGAAAUCUCUAAUCUAGAACAUCAAUUAGACUCAUAAAUUAAAAUAGUGUAAUCAAGAAAUGAAGAGAUUUAAAGUCUUAACACCUAAGUGAGAGAUUUAUUAGAAAAAUAGUAAUAUUUUGAAUAAUUGAUAAAUGAAUUAAAUACUCACAAUUUAUAAUUGAAAAAUUAGGAAGAGAUUUAAAUAAUAAGAUUAGAAGGAGUUUCUUAUGAUAUUUCCCAUAAUAGCUUGAAUUUUGAUACUCUAAGAACCCCUACGAACCAGCAUUAAAUAGUUGAUGAAAUCAAAUAGGAAUAAUAAUGUAUUAAUUUCUCUUUAUCUGAAAUAGCCUAAAUGAGUCCUAACUCUUAGAUAAAAUAAAUAAUGUAAUUAAAUAAAGAAUAAGAAAGUUAUGUAAUACAAGAAUAAGAAAUAAAAUUAGCCAAAUAAAAAGAUGAACUGAAUCAAUUAAAAUCUGUAAUUAUUAAAAAUGAAUCAGAAAUAAGUGAUCUUAAAUCUCAAUUGGCCCAGGUGCAAAAAAAAAUGGAAAGCUUAAUACAAGAAUAAAAUUUAAUGCAAAAAAAGAAGGAAGAUUAAAUAGAAAAAGAACCUCCUUUUGAUGAGGUUGAAUUUUAUAAAAAGGAAAUUUAAGGUUUAAAUUUUCGAAAUGAGGAGUUAUAAAUUUAAAUAACUUAAUUAAAAGUUGAGCUUCAGCAGAAUGGAGAAUAAUUAUAAAAUUCUUUAAUAUAAAAUGAAAAGAAAACAUAUGAAUAAAAUGAAGAAAUCCAAUAUCUUAAAACUUGCAUCAGUCAAAAACUAAUUUAGAUUUCACAGUAGGACUUCUAAAUUUAAAAUUUACAAGAAAAGUUAGGUAGUCUAACAUUAAAAUAAAAAAAAUUAAUUCUAAAAAUAAAUUCAACCUUAAAAGAUAUUAGAAAUAUUUAUUAUGAACAGUCAGAUUAUCUGAAAUCCAAAUUACUUCAAGAAUAAUAAAUUUUUAGUUAAAAUUGCAGCUAGUUAGAAACCAAACUAUUAGAAAGAAAAUAGAUAUAUUAAACUAAAGCAGAAAAUGAUUAAAUAAGAUUUUCUCAAUUUGUGUAAUAAAAUGAAAUAUUUGAGGUAGAAAGAAAAUUAUUAUAACAAUAAAAUUUGGAAAUUUAAUAAGAAUAUGAAAAAUUAUAAAAUUCUUCCCUAGAGUAAGCUUAAUUUAAUGAUUAACUAAAUGAUAAGUUGAAAUCUCUAAAAAUCUAAAUAGAAUAAAAAGACAGACAACUAAAAUAAAAUGAAAUCUAGCUAUAGGAGAUGGUUGAUCAAAAAGAGCUAGCAAAUAAAUAUAUUAAUACAUUAUAAUUGGAAAUAACUUAAUUAAAGUAAACUUUAAAUAAAUUGUCAUAAGAUAAUAAUAUGGUUUGUGAAAAUAAUUAAAAGGAUUUAGAAGAAUAUUCCUCAAUACUAAAAGAGAAAGAAAAACAUCUUAAGAUUCUCUAAAAUUAAUUGCAGGAAUUAUAAGUAUAAUAUGAAUUAGUUACUUAAAAUUUACAUAAAACUGAAUAAUGCCUAAGUGAGUAAAAUUUGGAUAUGUAAUCUGUAAAAAUAUUAUACGAAUCUAAAUUGAAAGAAUCAUCCUAGAAUUUAGAAAUGAAUAAAUAGGAGUUUUAACAUAAAAUGGAUAUGAUGAAGAAAGAAAUUAAAAAUUUAAAAGAGAAGGAUCAAAAUAAUUUAAUGAAACUAGAAUAAUUUGAACUAAAAGAAGAUCUAAUUAAUAAGUAAUAAAUAAUACUAGCAGGUGAAUUACUUCAAAUUAGAAAUGAAUUAUAAAUAAAAAUUAAUGAAAUAAAUUAGAUUAAUUCGAAAGAUCAAUUAUAAAAUGAUUUAGAAGAAUAAAACUAAGAUAUAUUAAAAGAUUAUAAUAAUAAUAUGUGUGAAUAAGAAAUUAUUCAAUUAAAAUAGACAUUAAAGAAGAUGGGCAUAGAAAUUGUUAAAGUAUGUGAACAGCAAUAAGAUUCGGUUAAACAAAAUUAAGAAAAGUUAGAAUAAUUUACAAAAAGAAUAAAAUCAUUAGAAAGCUAACUUUUAAAUUUAGAAAAAGAAAAGUUGUUAUCUAUUGAAUCACAAGAGCAUUUUAAAACAGAAUCAUAACAAUAUCUUUAAAAAAUUAUUAUGUAGGAAAAACUGAAUAAUUAGAUGGAAAAUGAAAUGUUAUAAUAAAAAGCCAAAAUCAAAUAAUUUGAAAUUGAGUUAGAAAAAGAGUAUGAAAGAUCUAAACAAAAGUAAAAUUCUAAUGCUUAAUAAAGAGAUCAAUUAUUAGAAGAAAAAGAUAAAUAAAUCUCGGAAUUAAUAAUUAAUUCUGAUAAAUCAACAUAAUAAAUUAAAGAAGCCUAAAAGAUUUCAAACUAACUUUAAAUUGAUAAUGAUAAACUAAAAGGUAUUCUGAACACUUAAUUAGAUUAAAUUGCAUAAUUGGAAAAAACAAUAAAAAAAUACUAAUAACAAAUGGUACAUGCGAAUUCUGAAAGAGAGAUACUUAUUCUUUCAUAUUAAGAAUCAGAAAAAAAGAGUGGAAGUUUAAUGAAACAAAAUGAAAAAUUGUAAAUGCAAAUGUAACAAUAAGAAGAAUUAAUAAAAUAACAAUAGCAGUAAUUGAUUAUUUGGAAAGAGGAUCUAAAAUAAAAAUCAAAUACCAUAACUGAUUUAUAGAAUAAAUUAUUCGAAACUAAUAAAUUUUCAUCUCAAAAAACGAAGAAUCCAUAAGAUUUACCCUUAAAUUAAUAAUAAAUGAUUGAACGAUAAAAAAAUUAGGAAGUUGCUCUCUAGUUUUAAUAGAUGAAGCAACUUUAAGAUUUAUAUUCAAACUAAAUACUUGAGAUCUCUGAACUGAAGACCAACAUAUCAGAAUUUUAAGAAAAAGAAAUUUUAGAUUAAAAAAUAAACGAAGAUCUAAAGGCUUAACUUUAAAAUGCACUGGUAGAAAAAGAGAAACUAAAUAAUUAAGUAAAUAGUAUCCUCAAUGAAAAAUAGUCUAUUGAGGUAAAAUUAAAAGAUGUUACUUAAACUAGAUUAUAGGAAAUUGAAUUAUAUAAAUAAGAGAUUGCUAAACUAAAUUAAGGAAACUAAAUAAUUUAACAAAAAUUGGGUAAUGCUUUGGUAGUUAAGUAAUAGCUAGGAGAUAAUUAAAAUUAAAAAAUCAACCAAGUAAAUUUAAAUUAAUCUGAAAUUUCUAAAAUUUAAAAAGUAGGUGAAGAAAAAUAAAAGUUACUUUUAACUUAGAUCAAAUAAGAAAAGUAAAAAUAAAAUAGUCAGAUAGAGGAGACUAAUAAAGAUUAAACUGAGGUACAAGGUUAUGCAAUUAAGAACUAAAAAGUUAAUCAAAAAGAAAAGUCUCAGAAAUACCCAAGUAAAUCAAACUUAGAUAAGGAGGUCAUGAUUGAACUUUGGUAAGUAGAAUAAGGGGCAUAAAUGAUUAAUUUUGAUGAAAAUAAAUCUCAUAUAUCCGACAAUUCUGAUAGAAAACAGCUUGUAUCUGUUCUAGAUGCAAUAAGCGACAAUGAAAGUGAAAAUUUAGAGAAAUCAGGUUAUAAUUAGAAUUAAAGUAUGGGUGAGCUUUAAGAAAAAAUAGUAUAGUUAUAGGAGGAAAAUGAUAAAAUACAAAGAUAAUUGAAGAUCCAAGACGAUUUUGUAUAGAUUACUCCUUCAUAGGAAUCAGAACUAAUUAGAUAAUUAAGAUAGGAAAUAUAAAAUUUGAAGAAAGAUGAGGAAUAAGGAUAGGAAAAAAAAAAAGAGUUAUAAUAAGAAAUAGUAAAAUUAAGGGAUCAAUUGACUAAGAAGGAUGAAGAAAUAUAAAAUUAAAGAAAAGAAUGCUCCAACUACAUAGAGAUGUGCGAAAAGGCAAUUAUUUAGGAUGAAGAUUGGGUGAUGGAUUUAAAUAACUUAGAAGAAGGAUAUGCUUAAAGAUGGCGUAUUGUAUGUGAUAAGUUGGCAGAAUACGAAAAAUUGUAGGGAGAAAUAAUUAAGAAUCAAAAUGAAAUAUAGGAGUUAUAAUAGUAGAUAAAAAACUAUGAAAAUUUGAGUAUGAGAAGCAUAAUAGUAAAAUAAAGUUAAUCAUUUGAUGAUGAGGACAUUUUUAGUAUUAGGUCUACAGUUUCAAAAUUAAGGUAAGAAUUAGAUUAAGAAAAGUUUGAGAAUAAUAAAUUAAAGUCUUGUUUGAAAUCCUAUUUAAAUGAUGAGUAAAGAUUUGAAGUACUAAUUAGAAUAUACAAUUUAGGAAUAAAAUUAAAGAGUUAAGGAGGAAAAUAAAUCUUUAAGAAAUAGAAUAAAUGAACAAUAGGAAGAGAUCAAAUAGUUAAAUGAAAAGAUUUAGAAUUGUCAGGAUGGAGCCUUGGCCUCACAUUUAAUUUCCUUAUUAAUUAAGUUUUUCGAAUCUUUAUAAAAAGAGUUUAAAUUAUAAUAUUAUUCAUAGGAAUAAAUAGGAAAUACAAGUGUAUUAUCAAAGUUUAGUGAGUCUUUGUAGAAUUGAAUAUAAUGAAUUAGUUAUAAACAAGUUGUUCCAAAGUGCAGAAAAGAAAAGCCAAGGGGUUUUCGGAAUAUUUAGAAGAGAUAAGACUAAAGAAAAGUGA